AAAAAGCAAUUAAAAAAGAAAACAACAUUAAGCGCAAAAGCAAAAGAAAACGUGAAUUGAAGGUGAAGAAGUGCUUUUUUUACAAUCGCCGCGAUUUUCUUCUAUCAAAAUCAGAAGCUAUGUGUUGCGGUCAACACCCAUCGUUUCCAUCAUCCACCACCGUCACCGACAACUCCUCCUCCGUGCUCGAGAAUCUCCGCCUUCGCCUCGCCGACACCGAAGCUCGCCUUGCUCAAGCCAGAGCUCGUGAAGCUCUGCUUGCACGCCAACUCCUUGAGAUGAAGCGCUUCUUAUCGGUUAUGGAAAUUCUUGAAGGUUAUCUCAAACGCCGUUACCGUCUUCAACAACAACGUGUCGCUCGUCUCCUUUCUCUUCCACCACCUUCCCUAUAACCGUCACCGUUACAGUCAAAUUUGUAUAUAUGCCGUUGUUGUUGUUACAUUAGUGAUUUAUGGUUUUUUAAUUGAAUUAUGGAUGUUUGCUGUAAAAUUGUUGAUGUUUUAAUUUUAGUGGAUUUGUGGAAUUUCGUGAACAA